GAGAGCCUCUAUCGAGAGUAUGCGGUCUGCGACCUGAAACAUUACAAGUCUGGGAAUUUCUCCCUCCGUUGGCGGACGGAAGAGGAAGUCAUCUCUGGCGCAGGUGAAAGCACCUGUGGCAACACGCGCUGUCCGCUUCACCUGCCGCGUAACAUCGACCCCGACGACCCGUGCCCGCCGCUGAAGACGCUCGAACUCCCUUUCUCGUAUGCUGAGGACGAUCAGAGCAAGUCUGCGCUCGUGAAAGUUGUGCUAUGCGACAAGUGCUGCAAGAAACUCGUGUGGAAGCGGAAUAAGGAGAAGGAGAGACAGCGCGAACGAGCGGAAGCAGUGGUUGGAGGCGAUAAUAGAGGGGAUGCCUCGCUAGUGGAGCCUGGGGACAUGCGGGCCGGAAGUUCAGAACAGGGCCACCGUCCUCGACGACACAGCGCUUCUCAGGAGAGACGACGGACGGAUCGUUCGCGUUCGCGUUCACCGCGGCGUAAGAACCUUGACCAACGGCGAAGAUCUCCACCUCGUUAACCUGUCUGGUCUCGUCAAAAUGUAUUCGUAAAUGGAAUCAA